UCCGGGAAAAUGUGCCCAUGUCAAACUGUGGGCGGGUGAAACAAAAUAAACAUUCAGGAUUCAAGUUUCUUCCGCCCACACACAUUUUCGCAAGGAGCAGUUCUAAGUUCAGAUCCUCCUGAGUGUGGAAGCGAAGUCUAGGUUUGCUACGGGGAAAAUGGGCUGCGAACAACGAGAUUACAGCGGAUGAUUUUAACACCAUCAUUGACAGCCUCUGGGAAAUCCUUCUGUCAGUUUUCAAGGUCUGUGCGUUGUGCUUCUAUCGGUGGACACCAGGUAGCGUAGUUAUUAGCAGUAAAGUGGUGAUGUAUUUGGAGUAACAAUCGAGAGGCCUUGCUGAUAUCGCAGCCCGCUCUGACAUUUUGGACUCUGAACCACAGUUUGAAGUGCACCAGCAAGUCGAUUAGGUAACUCAGGGUUACCACGUUGCUGCAAUGGCCAGUCUCCUAACUGCCUUGAUCUGUGCUUCUGAGAAAUCAGCAAAUAUUGCUCGAGCUUGUAAACGGGAAGAAGAACUGUUCCAGCUUCUCAUUGAAGAGAAAAAAGGACCAGAUAAAAAUAAGAAGUUUGUACAAGACUUCAAGACUCUGGCAGAUGUCAUCAUUCAAGAAAUGAUUAAGAAUGAUAUAGCAGAAAAGUUUCCAGAACUUGCACCUCAUAUCGCUGGAGAGGAAUCCAACAAGUUUGAAAAUGGUCUGGGUGAAACCAUUGCUGUGAAAGUCUGCAAAACAGAGCAAGAAACAGCAGAAUUGCUGAGUAAAGUGCUAGAUGGGAAUCUGAAAGCUGCUGGCCUUUUGGCAAAGUGUAUCCAUGAAAGUGUUCACAGUGAUGGUCCAGACUUGCAGAAGCUAACAAUAGAUAUUCCCAUUGACACCAUAGGGAUAUGGGUUGAUCCUAUUGAUUCAACUAAUCAGUACAUCAAGGGACAACUCGAAGAUAAAUUCAAAGGUGGUAUCCACACACAUGGUCUAAAAUCUGCUGCUGUACUUAUCGGUGUCUAUGACAGAAACUCGGGGCAGCCAAUCAUGGGGGUUAUUAACAUACCAUUUCAUGAAGUGGACCCCAAUUUAAGGUGGCGGGGGAAAUAUUACUGGGGUAUUUCCUAUAAAGGCAUCAAUAUCCACUCUGUACCAAAGCAGAAUCCUGCACACAACCAACUCUCAAUUGUCAUGAGCUCAAGUGAGAAGGAAAGCAUCAAGAAGGCAUUAGCUCCUUUCUGUGGUGAAAGAAUGUACUAUGCUUGUGGGGCAGGCUAUAAAGGAUUGUGCACUAUCCUUGGUUUAGUAGAUGCCUAUGUUGUCACAGAAGACACAACUUUCAAGUGGGAUACUUGUGCCCCUCAUGCCAUUUUGAAAUCUUUAGGAGGUGGUUUUGUGAACCUUGCCAAAACACUCUCUCAGCCAAAAGAUGGAGACCGUGGUGGUUUCCCUGAGCUGCAAUAUGCAAGGCCAGAUGAAGGGGCAAAACAAGCUGACAAGUGGGCCAACAUAGGUGGAUUUGUAGCUUACAGGUCCAGAGAGCAGUUAGAGACCAUUAUUAAUGCACUCUGUUUAACUGCAGACACUUAUUUGUAGCAUGAAAAUACUACCUUAAGAUGAAAGUUUGUCUCGAAGUGCCUUUUAAAAAAAAUCUCACUUUACUGCCCUAAUCCCAUUUGUAAAAAGUAAUUUGUAAGCGAUACAAAAUGGAAAUAUUUUUGAAUCAACCUGUUCAAUAAUGUUGCAACAUACCUCUGAACCAAGUGGGAUUUGAACCAAGGCCUCCUGAUUCAGAGGUAGGGGCAGUACCAUUAUGCCAAAUUAUUUUAAAACAAUAAAAAAAAGUGGGCACUGUUACCUUGACUCAUUGUCUUGAACUCUAAGUCAAGAAAAAGAAAUUAUUGUAUGCUAACUGAAGUCUCUUGCUAAUAUUUUGCCAAACUUUUUGUAUAUGAUUUUACUUUUCAAAUCUCCAACAGAACUAUAAAAAGUUCUCAAGGAAAGUGAAACCUGGCUGCUGCUGAUGUUCUUAAUUCAAUUAAUUAAAAAUGCUCCCUUUGGUCUCUUACCUGUAGUUCUGUCAAAACAGAUAUACUUGGGGGGAAAAAAACAGUUUGUGAGUUGCCCAUGUUACCAACGAUGAAUGUUUGUAUGCAUGUGUCAUAAUUUCAGAGAUAUGUAUUUUAGUUCCAGUUUUCACCUCUCCUCUUGUGAAGACUCAAAUGGCCAUUCUUCAAAUGUUUAUAAAUUUAUUGACCAUGAGAUCACAACAGAUCUUAAAUGUACUAUGCUUCAUGUUUGUGUACCACAUGUAGAUACACACAGCUUACAGUAGGGAAAUGCUCCAAAGUGAUUCAGAUUUGGUGCAGCUAAUUUUUUAGAUGCAUGGGCAGCAAGGCUAACCUCAAUGGGUCUCUUUCAUUUUAUGGGAUAAGAAUAUAUUAAUUCCCACUAAUCUAAUCUUUGUUGCUCCAAGUUGGCACCAGUCAUUGGUGAAAAUGAAAAAUCUGAAUGGUGUUUUCACAAAUUACCUCUGGCAAAACAUUGAAAUGGAAUCUGAGUAGUACAACCAAACAAACCUGGAUUAGUUGUAAAGUUGUUUGCUGUCAAACUGACUUUUUAAUUCACUAUUUUAGCUCAUUUGUCAAAACAAAUUUAACUGUCUAAUUGCUUUUUUUUAAAAAAAAGGAAUUAAAGAUG